AUGGCAUUUAACGACAUUCGGGGUAAAUUGGCCGUAAUCACCGGCGCAUCGGGAGGAAUUGGUGCAGCUUGCGCACACCAACUUGCACAACAUGGAGUUCAUCUCGCCUUGACCUACUCGACCAAUUUAACAUCCUUGAACAACAUUGUCGCAGAUAUACACUCCAAGAAUCCUACACAGAAGCUUCGCAUUUCAAUCCACCAAGUUGAUGUUGGGUCUAGCGAUCAAAUCCAGGCUAUGUUUCAACAAAUUGAUGUUGAGCACGGCCAACGACCAGACAUUCUUAUAUCAAACGCCGGAUAUGGCAAGCGAAUCCCCGACGUGUCGGAUAUCUCCCUCGAGGAGUUUGAUUACACUAUGAACAUCAACCUCCGCGCUGCCUUCAUUCUUGUGAAAGGUGUGGUAGAGCACAUGAAGGCUCAGAAGUGGGGGCGGAUCAUCUUCAUGUCCUCCAUCGCCGCUCAAGGUGGAGGGAUUAACGGCUGUCACUAUGCAGCCUCCAAGGGCGGUCUUACCGGCAUGAUGAAGAACCUAUCAACACGACUGGCAGAGUACAACAUUAGUGUCAACGACGUGGCCCCGGCUAUGAUCGGCGAUACAGGCAUGCUUUCCUCUGCCGCGGCAUUCCCCGAAGUGGUGGCGAGUAUUCCUCUGAAGCGGCUAGGAACUCCAGAAGAAACAGCGAACGUUGUUACUAUGCUAGUGAAGACUGGGUACAUGACAGGCCAAAGUCUCCUCCUAGCUGGAGGGUUGAAAUAG